GCUUAAGCAGACUCUGGCGCUGUGCGUGUCCUUCCCGCCGAGGAGCCCCUCGGAGCCGGCCGGAGCAGCCCCUGAUAUUGGCUGGGGUUUUAAUAAAGUCAUAUCCUGUGUUUUCGUCUUCUCUCUAUCACCAGCUACAUUGGGAGCACUGGAGUUCAGCCUACUAUAUGACCAGGAAAACAGCUCUCUGCACUGCACGCUCAUCAAAGCUAAAGGCUUAAAACCAAUGGAUUCAAAUGGCCUGGCUGAUCCCUAUGUAAAACUACACCUCUUGCCUGGAGCCAGUAAGUCAAAUAAAUUGCGAACGAAGACUCUGCGCAAUACCCGUAACCCCGUGUGGAACGAGACCCUGGUGUAUCACGGCAUCACAGACGAGGACAUGCAAAGGAAAACGCUCAGGAUCUCUGUGUGUGAUGAAGACAAAUUUGGCCACAAUGAGUUUAUUGGCGAAACUAGAGUUUCCCUGAAAAAACUGAAACCCAAUCAGAAAAAGAACUUCAACAUCUGCUUGGAGAGAGUAAUACCAAUGAAGCGUGCUGGAACGACCGGCUCAUCUCGUGGGAUGGCACUGUAUGAAGAAGAGGUAGAUCGUGGCGGGGAUGUGGAAGAACGCGGGAAGAUCCUCGUGUCGCUCAUGUACAGCACCCAGCAGGGCGGCUUGAUCGUCGGCAUCGUGCGCUGCGUGCAUUUAGCGGCCAUGGACGCCAACGGAUACUCGGACCCUUUCGUUAAACUUUGGCUGAAACCUGACAUGGGAAAGAAGGCGAAGCAUAAGACACAGAUUAAAAAGAAAACAUUGAAUCCUGAGUUUAAUGAGGAGUUCUUCUAUGAUAUAAAACACAGUGAUCUGGCCAAGAAGUCACUGGACAUAUCUGUCUGGGAUUAUGACAUUGGAAAAUCUAAUGAUUACAUUGGCGGUUGUCAGCUUGGCAUUACGGCUAAGGGCGAGCGCUUGAAACACUGGUACGAAUGUUUGAAGAACAAGGACAAGAAGAUUGAACGCUGGCACACCCUCCAAAACGAGAACCACGUUGCCAGUGAUUAAAGGGAGCCCCUGCCCGAGCGUCCCCAACGGGCACAUCCUCUGCCAGUUCCCUGUAGAUUUCUGAUGUCCGUCUUCCAGUGCAGUCAUGCCUAGUGCCACCCGCCUUUGAUCCCAAGGCAGCAAUGCUGUCCUGUCUCCUCUCCAAGCAUCCUCUGUUCCCUGCGCCCACCUCCGAGCAAAACCUAAACUAGAUCUUUUAUAUUCACCUCCUUUUCU